AUGGACCGUCGAGGAGGAUUUCAGGGUGGUUUCGGCAGCGUCAACACCGGUAGUUUUGAUGAAAGAUGGUCCAGUUCAGCGAGAAAUCAAGGUGCUGGACCACGGCGAAUAGGUAGUGGUUUACGCCGUAUAACAAUUGAUUGGGAUAAGCCAUGGAUUCCGGUAACAAAGCUUGGCCGUUUGGUAAAAGAUGGACGAGUAGCUACAAUAGAAGAGAUCUACCAUAGAUCGAUACCCAUCCUAGAAUAUCAAAUUGUGGAUCUAUUAGUACCAAAUCUGAAGGAGCAGGUAUUGAAGAUUCUUCCGGUACAAAAGGAAGUUCGAAGUGGGUUGCGCACUCGAUUUCGAGCGUUUGUUGCUAUUGGUGACAAGAAUGGGCACGUGGGUCUUGGGAUGCAGUGUGCAAAACGUGUCAGCACCGCGAUCAGACUUGCAAUUUAUCGUGCAAAGACAGCAGUGGUGCCUGUACGACGAGCCUAUUGGCACACGGAACAUGGCUUACCUCAUACUAUACCCUGCAAGAUAAUGGUUCGUUACUGUGAUGUUCGAGUAACACUUUAUCCAGCUCCACGCGGUACUGGUGUUAGUGCACCACCUAUAGUACAAAAGUUGCUGCACUUAGGUGGCAUCCAAGAUUGUUAUACAUCAACAUCCAGCUACAGAACAUUAGGCCCAGUUGCAAAGGCUGCAUUUCUGGCUAUUCAACGUGCUUAUUUGUUCGAAUCGAAGAGUGAGAAAAUUGAUGAAAACAGUGCUUUUCCGGAGUUGUUACCAUUGGUUAACUCAUCAUAA